AUCAAAGAAAAGGCAGUAUAACAGGAGUAGAAAGGCCAGCACAGCAUACAAAAACGACGCAAUGAAUUGAAGUCAUCAAUGGCUAAACAGGUGUCAACAGCUGAAGUAAAGGAAGGCACAACAUAUCAGACCGCAGUAGACCUAAACCCUACAACAUCCUUAGAAACCACACAGGAAAUACCAGAUGCAACAGUCCCACCAACACUCAAAGUGGUGGAAAAUGGAAAGAAUACAUUUCUUUACUUUGACCUCGAGACAACUGGCUUAGGUACUUCUUGUGACAUCACUCAAUUGGCAUGUGUGACUGAAAAAGAAAGUUUUAACAGGGGUAUCAGAAAAGUGUACGAAGGUAAGACAAGUAAUAAAAGUAAGUAUCAUCCCAUUUGUCUCGGACAUCGUGUAUAUAUUCUGUACGGACCUGACAGGUAACUAUACUCAUUUU